GCGCAAGCAGCGGUGUCCCUAAGAGAGAACUCUGGCAUUGCGCAUUGCGGUCGCGACUUUCCAUAUCUCUCGACACACAUACCUGUCGCUCCAUUGCAACUAUGUCCUAGGUUUUGAAUUAGUCUUGACAACAGCGACACAGUACUGGCGCGUUUGUGACAACUUUCUUACAGCCUCAACACAAUGUAUCCGCUGUAAUUGUGGUCAGUAGUAUACACCUUAGACUUGCUGCAAUAGUUCAGGAAGCACACUGCGGCUUGAGCAAGGAGGAGGCCAUGGAACACUUGUUCGCUCGCUGAGGCAGCGCUUACUAGUCGCGACAGAAGAGCUGCUUGUGCAGUAGUGGAUUAAAAUGUUCUCGUCAGGAGCCAGCAACAGCUCGCGCGGCAGCGGAGGCAGCGAGUCUGGGCCGGGCCCGAGUCGCCUGAAAAAUGUGACGGCGGAGGGAGACGACGAGCGGAAUGACUUUGAGGAGACACACAAGAUUCAGGCGGGCAUCUUCAGCGUCUUGUACAUCCUCAGCAAGGAGAAAAUGAACGAAAACCUGAAGUUCACAAUCAUCAAGCUUAUGUUUGAUUUCACCCAGUUGUUCGCGCUGGUGGUGAACCCGGCCCACGGCUGGAAGGUCAACAGCACCAGUGUGUACUGGCAGAUUGUGACGUUUUCUCGCUGGAACUACAUCGUGGAGCGAUUCCUGGGCUACAACGCCUACGUGGCCAUCCUGUACACCAUGACUGGCAUGCUGUGCUCGGCGUUGGCGCUGUGCGUGUGGAUCGCCUACUCCUACAAGAACCGCAGCUUUGCCUACACCUGGCCUAUCCAUGUGCUGCGUAUCUACGCCACCAUCCACUUCGGGCUGUUCGACAUCGCCACACUCACGCUCAUCCAGGUGUCGUACGACUGUCAGCUCCUGGGCUCGGGCAGCAGCGUGCGCGGCCACCUCUACACUUUCCCGGAGUACAUGUGCUACCGGUCGCCACAUCUGAUACCCUACAUUGUGGGAAUGCUGACGCAAGUGGUGUUUGUCAUUGCGGCAGUCAUCUUCUUCACAGGCGAGUUCGAGGUGAACCCCAUCAGCCGGCGCUUCACGUGCUGCGCGCACAGCCACGUGGAGGUCCGCGCCUUCCUGCUCAAGGUCACCAUGACGGUGGUGUAUGUGUUGAUCGGCUGGCUCCAGAUCCAGACGUCCAUACAAGCCUUCCUGUGCCUGGCGCUCUCGUGGAUCUUCUUCAAGAACAUGCCCUACAUGUUUGCAAUCAUCAACCACAUCCGAGUCGGCUCGUACCUAGCCGUGUCCUGGGCCGCCAUCCUGGCUGUCGCGAUCCUGUUCAAGCCCUCCGACCCCACCAAGCGCGAGAACUACGAGCAGACCAUCACGUCCGUCAUGCUGUACGGCUUGGCGCCCGUGGCCUUGUUAGGCUUCGCCAGCUCCUACCUACGCCUGGACUACUGGUCGCGCUUCGUGCGCAAGCGGUUCAAGGAGGCAAGCCCCGGCAGCAAGGUGAAGGACAUUUACCGGUUCAAGGACCCCAUUGAGGUUGAGAUCAUCGCACGUGUGGCGCGAUACUGGAUUGAUGACGAGGUGCUAGACAUGGACCGAGUCAAGGAGGCUGAGGCCAUCAUCAAGGCCGGCUUGGUGCUGUUCCCCACACGCGCCUUCAUGAUCAUGCUCUACUCCAACUUCCUGUGGGACGUGCUAGACAAUCCCCAGGCUGGCUACUCGCAGCUGCAGGCCGCCAAAAAGGCCAACCCCAACUACAUGGAGCGCUUCGCCAUCUACCGCCGGGAGCAGGAGCACCUGGCGCGCACCGCCCAGACCAAGGGCAACGGCGAAUCCACUCUGGAUCUGGUCUCCUACGUCGAAUUCCAACGCAAUUUCCGACUCGCGAUGCGCGCACAUCGCGAGGCUCUGGUUGCGACUCGCAACUUUUGGCAGUAUCUGCUGCAGCAGCACAUCACCUUCACGCACCUGUCCAAAUCGCUGAACGCGAUCGAGAGCGCGGUGGUCAAGGCAGACAAGGUCUACCGCACCGUGUUGGAGCGCUACCCCUACUCGGCAAAGAUGAUCAAGGGUUACGCCCGGUUCCUGGAGGGCGUGAAGAACGACCCCUGGCGCGCCUCCAAGUUCUUCACCGAGGCGGAGAAGCUUGAGGCGGAGCGCGAGGAGGAGGCGGCGGCGCUGGAGUUGGAGGGGCUGGACGGAGACAACGACAGCCGCCUGCUGAACAAGGUGGACGAGCGUGUGAACGCGGUGGUUAUCAUCAACAGCCGCGGCCAGAUCCAAAUGGCCAACAAACUGGCGUACCUCAUGUUCGGUUACAACAAGGGCGAGCUGGAGGGAAAGAACGUGGCCAUGUUGAUGCCGCAGCCGUUCAGCCAGCGCCACAACGGCUACAUCAAGCGCCACAUCACCACGGGUCGCGAGACGGUCAUGAACCGCAUCACUGACUUGGUGGCGCUGCACAAGGACCGCUAUGUGUUCCCCUUCCGCCUGGCCGUGUCCAAGGUGUCGGGCGCCGGAGACGACUCGUUGUUCAUGGGUGUGACCAUGCCCGUUGACCCGCCCCCCGGCACCGCCAACGUGUACAUUCUGGCGGGCGGCACAGUGGCGGCGGUGGACCAGGCCUUUGUGGACUGGUUUGGCUUCACGGUGGAGGACUACCUGGGCCACCCCGUGUACAUGCUGUCAGUGGACCCCAGCCCCUUCAAGAAGCUGGUGGAGGAGGUGGCCCGCACCGACCAGCCCACGGACGAUGACAUGGCGCACAUCGGCCUGGCCGCCGCCAUCAAACACAAGUACACGGACCCCGUGGACGUCACGCUGUGCGUCAAGACAGCGGGCCUGGGCAUAGAGACUCUGUACCGUGUGGAGAUGCGGCGGGUCAAGGCGCCGGUGGAGCUGAUGCUCACCAACCGAAAGGGCCGCAUUCGCUUCAUCACCUCGCCGCUGGCGCGCUCGCUGGGCCACCCCUCGCCGCGCUCGCUGCGCAAGGUGGACAUUGGGGAGUUGCUGCCGCAGCCCUUCGGCGCGCUGCACGCCGGUUGGAUCCGGGAGGCGGCCGAGUCCAAGCCGCUGCCGCUCAGCUGCCGCUCCAGCAUCACCAUGAUCCUGGGAGCCACGGCCAAGACGCAGCAGGCGGUGCGGCUGUCCAUCAAGAGCACAGACGAGAGCGGCGAGCAGCAGCACGUGAUCAAGGUGGCGUCCAGCACGCUGGCGGAGGGGCUGGACGAGCGCCGCCUGCGCAUCACGAUUGACACCGCCGGCAUCGUCACGCAGGUCGGCAACUCGCCCACCUCGCUGUUCGGCUUCAAGCCCGCGGCGCUGCUGGGUCGCUCGCUGGCGGACUGCGUGGACGUGCUGCACACCAACGUGCGAGCAGCCUCCAGCGCGGCGCACGCGGCGGGCGGCAACGCGGCGGCGCAGGACGCGGCGGCCACCACCGAGCUGCGCAAGGUGAUCAACCUGCUGCUGGGCCGCGCACUGGAGCGGCCGGGCACGUCGUGGCGUGUGGGUGUGAUGCCGCCACUGGACAACAUCCGCUCGCUCGGCUCCAUCGCCACUGCACUGCUGGCCAAGCAGACGCGGCCGGCGGUCAUGGAGCUUGAUGUCAAGGUGGACCUGGAGGACCUGGCUGCGGGCCGCGACGUGUCCAUCCACAUCAGCCUGUGGCGGGCCGACCUGCUGUGCGGCGUGGUGGAGGUGGACAAGGAGGGCACCGUGCUGGCGGCGCAGGACCACCCCUUCUACCCCACUGGCCUGCUGUUCGGCAUGUCCAGCGGCGCAAUGCUGCGACAGGCCCUGCCGCGCUUCCUGCAGCUGGGCAGCCGCAGCCUGGAGUCCCUGUUCGCAGCCGAGUCCAAGUCCGGGCUCGGCGGCAAGAAGGGCGCGCUCAAGAGCAACGGGGCGCCCAAGAAGGUGGGCCCGCUGCGCACGCUGCCCGGCUUCCACAGCGACGGCGAGCCGGUGUCGCUCACGGUGCAGACGGUGCGCAAGGAGGGCGCGCACAGUCGCAGCUACGUCGUGCUGCACUUCAAGGAGCCCUCACGCGGCUCGCGCGAGUUCCUCAUGCACCUCCAGCGCGGACCCCUGGAGCCGGCGGCGCAGGCCGCGGCGGCGGCGGCCGCCGCCGCCGCCGCGAAGAAUGCGGAGCGCGCGGUGGCGGUAGUGGAAGACGCCAAUGCCACCGCUGCUGGCGGCGGCGGUGCCACGUCGCAACCCUCCCGUGUGCCGUUCGUAAAGCUUACAGCGCCUCCGCCGCUAAUGGCGCCGGCCGCCGUCGCCGCAGGAGCUGCUGCUGCUGCUGCCGCUGCUGCUGCCGCGCCGGCGGCGGGCGCCGGCGCCGGCGGCCGGCCGUUGCUGGCCAAAGUCGACAACGACAGCUGGCGCCAGCGUGAGCGAGAGCGGGAGCGUGCGGCGCUCCUGCUGCCGGGGGCGCUGCCGGAGGACCCGGCGGCGGCGGACGCGGCCGUGUUUGUGACCGGCGGCGUGCCUGCCUUGGACCUGGGCCUCAACACGCCGCCAGGGCCCAUCUCGCCGGUUGAGGGCUCCACCCAGAGCGGUGACGACACGUCAGCACAGCAACAACAGCAACAGCAACAGCCGCGCGAGGAUACGGGUGUCAGCUUCUCCGUAGCGCGCGCCCCGGCGGAGCUGCUGGCGGGCGACGCCGGGGCCGGGUCGCCCGGCGGCACCGCCGCCGGCGCGCCGCCCGCUGACGACAGCGCGGCGGCGGCGCUGCUGGCCGCAGUGCCACCGCCGCCGCCCCGCGUCAUUGCUACGCCGCCCAUGGACCAGCCGCGUGUCGCCAGCCGCAGCCCCACGCCUACGCAGCAGGCGGAUGAGAAGGCGCGCGGCGGCAGCGCCCGCUGGCGGCAGGGCGGCGGCGGCGAGACGCCGACGCAGCCGUCGACGCCGCUGGCGCCGCCGGACCCGCGCGCGACGCCGCCGCCGCCGCUGUCGCCGUCGGCGGUCCAGGGCAUGACGCUGCAGGACUACCUGGGCGGCGUCAACCGCUCCGAUAACGACAGCGAGGACGACCUGGCGGCGCUGUUCGACAAGGUGGCGGCUGCCGACAGCUUCUUCCCGGAUCCAGAUCAGGCCGACGCCAUGGAUCCGGAUCUCGACAGUGGCGGCAGCAGAAGCAGCGACGGCGGCUCCGGCAGGAGGCCGCUGGCGCCGAUGCCCACAAGCGAGUUGGCCGCCGCGCCUGCUGACGCCAACGGCGGCGGAAGCGGCGGCGGCACGCCCGGGGCUUCCCCCCGCAUCAAGCCUCGACCCGUGGGUUUGUCUAAUCUGUCGUUUAACCGCGAUUACCAGCAGCAGUUGGAGGCAGAGGAGGCGGCGGCGGCUAAGGCGGCGGCGGAGGCCGAGGCGGCGGUGGAGGCUGCAGCCGCCAAGGCCGCCAAGAAGGCGGCGGCGGAUGCGGCGGCGGCGGCGGCGGCGGCGGCGGCGGGGGCGCGGACACCUGCGGAGACUGGCUCAGGCCUGUCGGAUGGAAGCGACGUCAUCAUGGCCACAUUCACGGACGACGCGGCGGCGGUGGCUGCCGCCAACGCCUCCACCUCGCGCUCCGACAUCUCCGCCGGCCACAACGCACGGCAGUCGCCGUCGCCGCUGCCUCCCGCGCCGCCGCCGCAGUCACUCGGCAUGAUGACGCAAGGCAGUGGCUCGUUCCGCGGGUCGCCACGAGCCACGGGCGCAAUGCCGGACCCGGAGCCGUCGCGCUCCGGCCGCAGCCGCACAGCGCCGGGCAAAUCCACCAGUCGCAACUCGUUCUCUGACAGCAACGGCGAUCUGCGGCGCAUCAACAGCAUCAAGCAGGUCUCCUUUGCGCCCUCGCAACUCAUCAUUGACGAGAUGGGCCGAGUGGAGCGACAGCCCUCCCAGCGUUGCGACGGCGGCGGCAACCCCCGCACCAGCGGCAACCUCAACACGCAUUUGCUGUUGGGUGAGGACGAGGAGGAGGAGGAGGAGGAGCACCCGGGUGGCGGCGGCGGCGCCGGUCGCAGCCUGGCGGCGGCGCCGCCGGCGGGUUCGGCGGCGCUGUUGCCGCCACGGCAGGAGAUGCACCGUCAGCAGUUGCUUGGCGGUUAUGGUGGUAACGGCGGUGGUGGGGGCGGAGGGGGCUACGGCAGUGAUGAUGACCAAAUGGGAGGCGGUGGAGGCGGCGGAGGCGGAGGCGGAGGCGGAGGCGGAGGGGGCAUGGAGCUGGGCGCCGCGGGCAAGAUCAAGAGCAACAUCAAGCUCGCGCGCAUUCGGGAGUGGGUGAUGACCGAGGGCGAGCGCUACUUCCGUCUGGAGGAUGUUCGCGACAUCGGUGACACCGUGUACCCUUUUGGACCCGACCUCAUCAUGCGGGAGGACUCGAGCCACGCGCUUAUCAUGGACGCAAGCGCCGGGCCGCCCGACGAUGAUGAUGACGACGACGACGACGGCGGCGGCGCCCGUAGCAGGUGGGCCGAUGCCGACGGCAUGCACGACGAUGACCAAGCCCUGGCCACGAUGGACGACUUUGGUGACAUCAUCGAGGGCGGCGGCGGCGGCGGUCGCACGCGACGCAGUAGCCUGCUGGGGAUGGAUGGCGGCGGCGGCGGUGGGCGCGGCAGUAUGGAUAUGAACAUGGGCAAGGGCAGGGGCGGCGGCGGCGGCGACGCCGGCCGCGGCGCGCAGCCCAACCAGUCUUCCGACUCGGAGCAGGCGGAGGACGACGAGGAAGACGACCGCAAGAGCGCCGUGUCCGCAGCCACUGACAACAGCGGCCAGGGCUCGGGAACGGGCGGCGCGGGCGGUGCCAGCAGCAGCGCGCAGGCGGACUUCCGCCGCGGCAAGCGCUGCCGCAAGCUGCUCAAGAUGCUGAGCACGCCAGUGGUGCAGAAGGCCACGCGCGCCUUCCGGUGGCAGGCGCUGCUGGCCAUCGCUGUGCAGCUGCUCGCCAACCUGGCGUGUUUCGUGCUGCUGACGGUGCUGCUGGUGCAGCAGACGCGCGACCUGCAGUCGCUCAACUCGGUGGGCAAGGCCGCCACCGCCACACACGACGCGCUUGUCAGCCUGCAGGUGAUGGACAACAUGUACGCGAACCGCUCCGUCGAGUUGGCCGGUCUGUACGACCGCAUGUGGAUUGGGCGCUGCAACACCGAGCUCAAGGCGUCGCUAGACGAGUCCUGGACUGCCCACAACAACGUGUACUUGGGCACAGCCAAGCUCAAGCCGCUGCCGGCCGCCUACAACCUGUCCGCCAUUUGGAACGAAUACAACCACCAGGAGCUGACCUUCUACGGCCCGGCCGGCUCUCGGCGCUCCACCACCCUGUGGCGGCUGGGCAACGCCUUCCUGCGCCAGGGCUUUGAGCUGCACCACCGCCACGGCGACCUGGUGCACCAGCUGGGGCUGCUGGCGGCGGCGGACCAGUACAAGUACAUGCACAGCAAUGGGCUGUUUGAGCUGUACGGCGGCUACCAGUCGACCUUGGACGCCUUGGUCUACCAGGCUGUGGACAGCAGCGACCGCAUCAACCAGCUGCAGCUGGUACUGCUGGUCAUUGAGGGCUGCUGCAUCUGCGCCCUGGUGGUCGCCUACAUGGCGUGGCUACUCAAAAAGGUUGACAACCAGCGCUACGGCAUGUACGGCGUGUUUCUCAUCGUGCCGGUGGGGCUGGUGCGCGGCCUGGCCAGCAAGAGCGUCAGUGUGGAGGCGGACAACAGCGACGGCGAGGAGGAGAACGGCGACGAGCAGGAGGACCUCGCGAUCCCCGUGCAUGGCGGCGGUGGCGGCGGCGGUGGCGGUCACGGCGGCGGCGGCGGCGGCGGAGGCGGCGGCGGCGGUGACAUCCGCAUCAACCUGGAGUCGGGCGGCGCACCGCGCGGCGGCCGCACGAGCAGCGGCGGCCCCGGCGGUAACGGCUCCAACGGUCGCGGUUGGUACGACAAACUGGCGUUCUGGCGCAGCGGCACCGUACGGCACGGCAAGCGCACGAUGCUGCGCAACAGCAAGGAGAGCUUCUGGCUGCUGGCGCCGUUCGUGGUGUGGGGCCUGGUGGUGGUGGUGAUGCACUCGCUGGGCUACGUCGUGAUGGAGCAGGCCUCUGCGCCCGUGGCCAUGACCAACGUGGUCAACACGGUGCUGACGCAGCUGCACAGGGUGGUGUACUUCGCCCAGGAGCUGGCCACACAGAACAGCACGGAGGGGCAGGCGGCCGUGUACCCAGUGCUGACGCACGAGGUGGCCCGGCUCAAGACGGAGUGGGACGUGAUGCUGUACGGCGCCAACAGCACCCAGGCCGCAGACGUGCACUACGCCCUGGCGAGGCGGGGCGUGGCGUUCGAGAAGGGCGCCACCGUCCGGACGCUGUUCAGCGCCGGCGUGGCGUGCUGGAUGCCCAACGUCACCGACUGCUACCCGCCAUCACACCCCUACGCGGCGGUGGUGUACCGCGGCCUGAACGCGCUCAUGCAGCGCUUCUUCGUGGAGUGCGACCUGCUGCUGCGGGACGCGCCAGCCGCCUGGAGCCUCAACAGCAGCCGCAUCGACUACAUCUACAAGGAGGGCACAGGCAACCUGCACUGGGCGCUGUACACACUCACAGAGCAGCACCUCAACCGCGUGAUCAACCUGUAUGCCAUGGUGGAGGUGUUUCAUGUGGUGGUGUUCGUGCUGUCGUGGCUGCUUGCGGGCGUGUUCCUGUUCGGCAUGUUGCGGCCCUUCAUGGGGCACACCAAGCGCGAAACGGAGCGCAUCGCCGAGAUGCUGAGUCAGCUGCCUGCUGACGUGGAUGUGGAGGGCCUGCUGAACAGGGCCCUCAUCAGCAUCAAGGGAGACGCGCCGUCCACACGUGAUAACCGCAGCGCCCGCAACAGUCAGGUGCUGCCGGCGCCGCCCGCUGGGCUUGGCGGCGAGGGAGGGGCCAGCGCCGGCAUGGGCUCGUCGCGAAUGUCGUUUGCCAAGGGCGGAUAACAGCUUGCAAGUUCUUGCAAGCUUUCACUUCACACAGUUGCGAAGUGGGUCAUGAAAUGUCACUGCCGAGCCUGGAAGCUUGCACAUGCUGUGCCGUGACGUGUGUAUGUGUGUGUGGGGGGGGCUGUGGCACGUUCCAGAGGCAUGUGUGACCCGAGCGUACGUGCUGCAGGCCCCCGGGGGAAAUCCUUGUGGAGACAGGACCACCCCUCAUGCAGUGGCGCCUGAAGAUUGGAAGGGGGGCAGGAGGUAGGGAAACGCAUGCGGAGAAGGGCCAGGGCGCAGCGAGCAGGGAGAGCCGUGCCCCUGGUUGAAGACUGCGCUAGCGCGCCCUCCUUUCUUGGGAACUCAAGUUUGGGAAAUCUGAUUUUGCUACAUUGGUUCGCCUCGGCUGGACAAACAUUUGCCGAGCCACCGGGAUUGCGUAUCUACCUUCAUACACAGUGCGUGCCUUGAGUGUGUGUUCGCGAGAGCCUUUGAAUCCAGUUGGGCUGUUUUGUAUGAGCGUGCGGUUGUGUGGUGACGGGGGCACACCAGAGCAGACCCCAGCACCAUGCUUCGGUGACGAGCCAGUGGUCCUAUCUAUGGCACUUGAUUGGUUUUACGUUCCUAUCCUUGCUGCCAGUAAGUCAGACGUGCAGUUUACUGAGUCUUUGUGAAAUGUGAUGCGUUCCCUAAGGUACAAUGCCUGUAGUCAUGUACGGCGGUCCUUUGAAGCGGAGUGGACGGAAGCGGAACGAGAGGCGCAGGAUUACUGGCAUGCACCAAAAGUGCUUUGUCACAGCGCACUUGGAAACCUGAUUUUGGGGGUUUGGCCACUCCCAAUCCUGUCAGUAGACUCUUUACGUUGCUAACAAUAUUGCGCCAUGCAAUCGAUUGGCGUCAUGGUUGCGCCGAGGCCACCCAUUUAUGUCGUGGGCAGUGUGGGAACAGAUGAGAAGGUGUCUGGGAACACAAGCAGACCCAAUUCCAGGUUGCUGCCUUUGUGCACGUCGACGUGUGCAGUCGUCGACACACGCGCGGGAGAAACCCCUUUUCCGUGCGGUAAUAUGAUUGUUGAUGCCAUUGAUCUGGACUGAAUGUUUGCAUGAGAUGAGAACACGAAGAGACUGGGAGGCUGGGAACAGGGGUCGAAGGGGGUUUCAUGCCGUAUGCCGCAAAAGCUGGGUACGAAGGCGACUUGGUGCAGGUGAGUUCCGAGGACUCGCGUUAUGCAUUCAUGGCUAUGUGUUGGUCAACGAUGCACGAGUGAUGUUCCGGUAUCUCACAGCUUGCGUACUUAUGACUUGGAGGGGGUGGAGCAGGGGUGGAGGGCAAGAGAGCCUGGCAGGCUCGGUGCCCUGCCGUACUCGACACACCACACUGGAAUUUUGGAAAGGCGGCUAGCAGCUGUGUUUGCGGCCGGGCUGGAGUGUCGUGCGGGCAUGCAACCCAGCUUUUGUUGGUGAUAUGGAGCGGCUGGGCCGUGCGAAGAAUGCAACACACGCUUUAAGGUUGAGACAUCCACUUCGACACGUGACACUAAUAAAUUCCGCGCCUUGCGUGCAAUUGUGUUGUUCGCUUUGAUGCGUCGCAAGUCCCAGCUGUGUGGUUGGACCCGGAUUGCGUAAUUCGUCGGCGAUUACGCGGAGACUUGAGUGUGGCGGGCUUGCUGUUCCGACACUGUUCUAUUCAUGACACGCGGGUACUGUAAGGUUGUAACGUUGACACAUUGCUUCGGCGUGUGAGGACGCCGCGUUGGCGAGAGCCACGGGUGGCCCUAAUACACCAUGGGGGCAUGUCGCACCUGUGAAGGGCACUGUAUCAACCGCC